UUUUUUUUUUUCCUUCAAUGAGUUGAAAUGUUGUGUGAUUACACCCACAGGCAGCAGAUGUUGUUUCUCCGUUUUCCUUCUCAUGUCUUCUUCUUCUUCUUUUUCAUCCCCCCUCGUCUUGAUACCAGCCCCCUUCUGGGUCUGGUCCUAUUCGAAAGCUUCACAAGAAUCCCUCACCUUUCCAUACGGACCUUCCUGGAAGACCUUCCUGCGCGUCCUAAAAAGAAAUCUCUUACUGAUAUUUUAAUCCGCAAUCGGUUGUUUUCACUCAGAUAUUCGUUCGUUUUUGACGUCUGAACGGAUUUUCUACUAUAAAAUGUGCUAAGAAGUUGCGACAAGGUGGUAGCACUAAGCUAUCGCUGUGUGCGCGAGGCGAGCUGUUCACGUCGCGCGCACGGACUCGGAUCGGCGCGAGAUGCCUCACGAGCUGUCCGAAUUGAGGAAUUUAAAAAUUUAAACUCGGAUUAUUAACGGAAUCUAACGGAAUCUGAAAAUUCCGUUAAAACGAAGCGAAGAUGAGCCAAUGGCUUGAACGGAUAUUUUAAAGAUUGAUCUUUAAACAGAAAACAAACAAAAAAAAAACGACCGUAAAUUCUUCAGGUUAUCUUCAGUUUGACGAAUUCUUACAAGUGGAAACUUUGCUCGUGGGAAUCAAUGCGGUUUGAGUCGAAAGGACGUGCGGUCCGAAAGUCACCUAAACGCUUCUCUGCUUGUACGUGUUCAACGUCUGACACAUCUCGUUUGGCUAGGACUGAAUGAGAGUUCGGGUUCAGGCGGGUGUUUCUCUUCACACAUCAUCCCCUAACUGAUACGUCUUGGGAGUGAUGCACUGGCUUUCCCUGGUUGCCAUGGUGAUUGCCUCGGCCCUGUUCUUCCCUCAACCCAGUGUGCCCGGGCUUGUUGCUGCGACAAUGGAGCUUGGCAACAACUUCAGCACCAGAUCACCGGUAAACCCAAUCUCCAAAUACAGCGAUUCUCACACGGAAUACAUGUCGAGCGAUAAAAAAGCAGCAAAAAAAUUACCUCACAGGACGGCAGAUACCCACAUUCAAACUGAUCUCACAGUUACCAACACAUCUUCAUUGAUAAAUGAGGACUUUGUGCCUGAAAGGAGGCAAUACAAGAAGGCAAAGCUAGGCAAGAUUGACCUCGGGUUGCAAAUUUCAAGCAAACUUCAAGAACGUCACAUUUCCAAGGAGAACCACAUACUUAGGGACUUUAAAUCAAGAGAUAGUCAAUUUCAGGAGGAUAGCAAGGUAGAAACUCAGAUUGAAGCAGACAGGACUAAAGACAUUGGGCUGAAUAGAAAAAACGAGGAGGAGUCAAUGGAAAGAUUUAAAGAGUGGCCAAGGGACCUGCACCCUACAGACAAGCCUACAAUCAACGAGGAUCUGAGGGAGCUGAGUGAGGGAACGAGAGGAAACACAUUAACCACAAUGCCCACGGUGUCCCCUGAGGGCUUAGGAUUGGGCUUAGAUGGACUCCUGCAGGUGGACGAUGAUCUUUUGCUGCUGGACACGAACCCUCGAGUGCUGUUUUCCACGUCCCCUUCGCCUCCCAAACAUCCUCCUUUGCAGAUAAUGCUGGAAUUGGGGCUCAUGCCCGAGCAACGUGAAGAACAUGAAGUGGAUGACAAGGAGUUAAAGAAGGGCAAAGAUGGAGAAUCCUACAGAAACCUCCUGCUGGAUUUAUCAGACUCAUCAGAACAUGCGACUCCAUCCCCACACCGCAGAAAGAGGCAACUUGCACACACGGCCAUUGAGCGCUCGGUUUGCGAGGCUACAAGCAGCUGGGUAAUGGACCGGCGAACGGCUAUUGACGUGCACAUGCAAAACGUCACCGUACUGGAGAAGUUUCCUACCAAGAAGGGCAUGAUGACACAGUACUUCUACGAGACCCGGUGUCGCGGGCCAGAUCACCGCGGAGUGCGCGCCGGGGAGCAUGGAGUGGCUGGAGCUGGCUGCCUUGGCGUGGACAAACGCCACUGGGUAAGCGAGUGUCAGACCAAGCAGUCAUAUGUGAGAGCAUUCACAUCGGACAACACCAGGGGGACAGGAUGGAGGUGGAUCCGCAUCGACACAUCCUGCGUAUGCGUGUUGUACUCGAGGACACAAAGGAGCCGAGCCUCAACCACACGUCAGGGGACGAGAUGAGUGUAAGAUGGAGAACAAUCAAGCAAUAUACACUCAUCUUUUUAUGGUCUUGCUAAAAGGUACAAAGUGCCUUAUAGCGCAUUACGUGGACUGUAGUGUGUCUAUCACUUCUACUACAUCCAUCAGUGCAAAGGGAUCGGCAUAAAAGCAAGUGUUUGUUAGAUAUUUCUGUGGUUUUGACAUGGGCGUGUGAGUGGUGCAGGUAUGAGUGGAUAAGCUGCAGCAGCGAUGUUGGUGUUCUUGUUGUUGGGGGUUUAAUCAAACCGCACAAUCUCUGCUGGGAUAAAAAAGUGUCUGUUAUCUAAAAAUCUUGUUAUCCAUCUACAGUUUCAGCAAACUGAAACCGGUAAAGGAUGGAGGUUGAUAAACUUACACUGUACAUGGAAUGUGUGGGCUCUAGUCCUUAACCGAUCUAGAUCUACAUGGUGAGGUCUGUGUAAAUCUAUGUAUGUGCAUCAUGUGUAUGUGUUUAGUUUAUGGGUUUACCCCAGUGACCUUCACAUCAUACACUCUGCUGUGCCAUUGUACAUGAUAAGCAGUGGGUUUACCUGCAGAGAACAGCUCUGUAGUGGAUUUGUACCUAAAGCUGCAGUCACGCCGGCAGCCAUUUUGCACCGUUGUUGAAAUCGCUCUAUACUGGUCUUUGUUUCUACUUUGCUCCAGUGUAACAUAAUACUGACAACAAGACAAAUUGAAAACAACUUGUCAAAAAAUGAAAUGCUGUAGUGAAUCGUAUUGCGUUACAGUCUGUAAUGUUGGAAUGAACCGAAAACAUUUUGCUCUUGAUAUCUGCUGCCUAUUUUUAAAAGCUUAAAGGGUUUGAUGUUCUGUUCGGGAUAAAUCCUGAGUCUCACUGACACCACCACCUCUCACACCUAUUGGUAGUCCUCAUAUGGCUUUGCUUCUCGUUUGCAUAAACAUUUUGUUGUGUAACCUGCCCUGAACACUUACUCCAGUCCUGGGCUUUGUUUUGCAUUGUAUCUCGUAGCUGUCAGGGUAAAACAUGGCCAAUGAGUGUAUAUGAACAGUAGGGUUCUAGAUGAUAGAUUGUCCCAGGAUCAUGUGACCAAAAAAAUCAUCAAACGCUUCAAGUUUGAUCUUAUCACCAUGCUAUCUAGCUAGCAUUAUCAAGUAACAUAAGCUAAGCACAUAAAAGCAUAUAUUUUUUUUUUUUAUAUACAAUACUACUUAGUUCUAAAAUUUCAAUAAAAAUGAUGAGCCCCAAUCACGUCAAAUUCCGCGUUAAUUGGCUGGACAUUAUGGCACUUUCCAUCAAAUUUUAAAAACACAAGUUAAAACACGUACAUUAAGAAGGUGCAAAUUUGUAAAAAGAAAACAAACAAAAAAAACCCUUGUGGAAACGUUGGAGAAAAAGUCUACGAAGAUGUAGCCUCCGAACUAUAUCUAAAUAUAACUAGUGAAAGGGGCAGAAAUAGUCCCAAAGGUUUUCCCACAAAACCGUCACAUAUGCUAGCGGAUCAUGCUAGCACAAAGCAAUAGUAAGAAACAGAAGCCUGUUGUAAGGAUACUUACUAAUAAGGGUCUGUUUUAUUUGUUUAUUUAUUUAUCUUUUUUUUUAACAGACUAACAAUCCCCUAAUCUUCAUUUCUAUUGGCUCACAAGAAUUCACAGGUCAAACGUCACCUAGAUAAAGUCAGUACAAAGUGAAGGAAACCAGAACAUGAUACAGAUAGAUCUUUUAUAUAUUCUUUUAUAAGUCCUUUGACUUUCUCUCCUUUGACUUUUUUUAAUCCAGAAAAUCCACAAAAAGUUUUUAAGUUGGAUCCAGUAUUGUUUAGUGAUUUUAAAAAAAUGUAAAUGAUCUGAUCUAAACCUUAGACAUUGUUAGUUUACUGCUAGUUUACAUGGUUUCCUUGGUAGCCACAAAGUAGGACAAGCUAGAGACAGCUAGCAACAGGACAUAUAUAAAUGUAAAAGUUCAGAAUGAAAUGUCUCCUGCUGAAUAUUUAAUGAGCCUAAAGUUUUGGAUGCAUCAAAAUAGAACAUUUUAAAACACCGACCGCGCUUCUUUCCUAUUGGAGACAAAUCUGCUAUGAUUCUCAUUUCACAGUCAGUGCUAACUUUGCAUUAAAGAAGUCAUAGCAUUUUUAAUUGUACUUGGAACGUGAAACUUCUUAAAAAAAAAAAAAACUAAUCGCUAAUGACUAAACUGUUAGCGUUAGCCUCUCUAUUGUAGUUGAUAGAAACACAGAUUCGUUUUGUUUCGAAGUUGAUAAAUGUAUCUACGCAGCCAUUGACUACCAUCUGUGAUCGAGAACUAAGUUGUUGGUGGUGGAGUCAGACUUCUGGACCUGACAGGAGUUUUUCUCUGAGAGAGAGACAGAGACAGAGACAGAUAGAAGAAAGACAGAGAUAGAAAUGAAAGGGAAAAUAAAACACAUUGAAUAGAGUUAUCUUGCUUUUUCCUCACGAGACACGUCUGUUUACCACAAACAACAAUAAAACACAACAACCUCAAUUUCUACAUUUUUCUGUACCUGUUGCAAUACUAGUUUCAUAAAUGCUGUUUUUUAAUCUAUAUAUAUAUAUUUGUUAUAUAUCUAUUAUAUACAGGCUGUAAGUUAUUACUGUUUACUAGUAUGUAAGCAUGAGUACCUGUGAUAUUAAUAUAUUUCCUUGUAAAUGUUCUGUAUGGGAAACACAUGCAUCUAUGUAAGUAUGUAACUAUGUACAUAUUUAUAGAAUUACAAAACACUCAUAGUCAGGAGUCUGGAGUGUGUGGGUGCGUGUGUGCGUGUGUGCGUGUGUGUGUGUGUUUGGAAGAAUUUCAUUUAGUGCCUGCAAAAAACCAACAACUUUUCUAAAACUCUUUGUUUACUGAAAUUUCUAGAGUUCUAUUCGACUUGGCCUUUCAACACAAAAGAAGACCAUGUAAUUAAAAUCUAUAUAUAAAGG